UGACGUAAUUUUCUACGCGUUUCCGUAGCAACCCAGAUCUGAAUGUGCAAUUUUCACUCAUGCUUUCAUAAACAUUAAGUUUAAGAAUAAGACAUGUCUAAAUUGGAACAAAUACUUGUCCUUGACCCACCAUGUGACCUCAAAUUUAAAGGUCCGUUCACAGACGUAGUGACCACCCACCUGCGUCUGUGGAACCCAUCUGACAGGAGAGUAUGUUUCAAGGUGAAGACCACAGCUCCGCGGCGCUACUGUGUCCGACCCAACAGUGGGGUGCUGGAACCGGGAGCCAGCAUCUCUGUGUCAGUCAUGUUGCAGCCCUUCGACUAUGACCCCAAUGAGAAAAGCAAACACAAGUUCAUGGUCCAGACAGUCUUCAUGACUCCCAGCUCCUCAGACACAGAGGCAGUGUGGAAGAAUGCCAAGGCUGAUGACCUCAUGGACUCCAAGCUCCGCUGUGUGUUUGAGUUGCCCUCAGACAACAACAGACAGCUGAGAUUGGCUACAGCAGGUCACACCCCCAAGCUGAGCAGUAGGCAGUAUGGCGGCAGUUCAGAGACUACUCCAGGAGAGUACUGCACCCCUCUGACCAGCCAACACCACCUGACCUCUGACCUUCUGGAGUGCAGCAAGUGGCAGUCCGAGGUGGACGCGAGCAGAGCCACACCCCUUCUCAGCUCCAGGUCAGACAGCUGUUCCACCUCGCGGCCCAGCGGGGCCCCUCUGGACCAGCCAGACAUGAGGAGGCUGGUGGAGGAGUGUAAGAGGCUGCAGACAGAAGUGGGGAAGCUCUCUGAUGAGAACCGACAGCUUAAGCACAAUCUCAUCUACAAGACCUGUUAAAUUAAGUUUUUCACUUUGGCAUACUUUUCAACAUACUGGACCCAAACAGACACAAAAACACAAGCUGCGAGUGGGAAAAUGAUGUUUUUUUGACUAUAAUACACACACACAUGCUCAAUGAAGCAUUUCAAAAGUUUGAAAUUGAAGCACAAGUUGUAUAUGUGAACAUAAAAAGGUAAAGUUUAGAUAUAAUCAAGCUAUUUACAAAGAGAGCAGGUCUAUCCAUAUGCACUGUUAUUCAUGUAUAUUUGUCAAUAAUAACUAUAAAAUAUGAAAAAAAUAUUUUUGGCUGAACUACAUUUUUUUUGCCACUAGAAGUCAGACUUGACUCAUUUAUAACUUUCUCUUUGACCUCCGUGGCAAUGGCUCUUUAUUCUCUGUGUCAAUAAAAAAGAUUCAAAGAUGUAAAAGAUUAAAAAUUCAAGAUGUUCUGAGGCAUUUGUACUACAGUGAAGUAGAAUAGAAUAAUGUAAUAAGAUAAACGAAAGCAAUAAAUGUUUUUCUCACCUCGUUAUAAACCAAAAAAUCUUGGUCGUCCAAUAUAUAUAUUUUUUUGCUCUUCGGUUGAAAUAACAAGUUGAUGGCAUGUUAGACAGCGUGUCCGCCUAAUUUCCCCCCAAAUAAGUCCAAAUAAACAACUAAACUACUCAAAAUCGCCCCAAAAUUACUCAAAAUACUUAGAAAACUAGUCAUAAUAAACCUAAUUCGUUUUUUCUUAGACGUAUCUUUGUCCUCUCGCUUUCUCCUGCAUCCUAUAGCUAUGAAUCAGCAGAAUCCAAAUUUUUUCUCUUUCAUUUUUGGACAAAAAACUAGAAAAAUAUCCAAAUGAAUGCAACGCGCGCAUAAAAGAGCGCAUUUUUUUACGCCCUUUUUUCAUUAAAUUAAAAUGAUCAUAUCUUAAAUUUUACUUGGCGAUUUACAAAAAUCUAACACUCAAACGUAGCCUCAGGUCUGCACUUCCGCAUGACGGCAGCCCUCUGAGUCACUUGGUUUACAUGCUGCGUGGUCCUAAAGCCGACCAGCGCUCUGAUCACGCCGGCGUGAUCGCCGACUCGAGAGGGUUUUAACAUGAACAUCUCCGUCUUUGUUCUCGCAAGGCAAAGAAAGCUUAAUAGUUAUUUUGGUAACUGAAAUCUUCCAUACUACUUACUUUCAUUUUUAGGCUAUAUUCAAACGAAAUGCCACGAAAUUCACACU